GAUGCAGUGACUUAUGAUGAUGUGCAUGUGAACUUCACUGGGGAAGAGUGGAAUUUGCUGGAUCCUUCCCAGAAGAGUCUCUACAAAGAUGUGAUGCUGGAGACCUACUGGAACCUCACUGUUAUAGGCUACACUUGGGAAAACCAUCAUAUUGAAAGACAUUGUCAAAGUUCAAGAAGAAAUGAAAGGUAUGUAAGUAAUCAUAGUGGAGAGAAACUCUAUGAAUGUAAUGAACGUUCUAAACCCUUCUCAUGUCCCAGUCAUCUCCAAUGUCAUAAAACAAGACAAAAUGGAGAGAAAACACAUGAACAUAAUCAAUGUGGUAAAGACUUUCCAUCACCCAGUCAUCUUCAAUAUCAUGAAAGAACCCAUACUGGAGAGAAACCUCAUGAAUGUCAUCAAUGUGGUAAAGCCUUUAAAAAAUGCAGUCAUCUCCAACAUCAUAAAAGAACACAUACUGGAGAGAAACCCUAUGAAUGUAAUCAGUGUGGUAAAGCCUUUGCACAACUCAGUAGUCUCCAAUCUCAUAAAAGAACCCAUACUGGAGAGAAACCUUAUGAAUAGAAACUCCAUGAAUGUAAUCAAUGUGGUAAAGCCUUUGCACAACUCAGUAGUUUAAAAUGUCAUUACAGAACACAUACUGGAGAGAAACCCUAUGAAUGUAAUCAAUGUGGUAAAGCCUUUGCACAACUUAGUCAUCUCCAACAUCAUAAAAGAACACAUACUGGAGAGAAACCCUAUGAAUGUAAUCAAUGUGGUAAAGCCUUUGCACAACUCAGUAGUCUCCAAUGUCAUAAAAGAACACAUACUGGAGAGAAACUCCAUGGAUGUAAUCAAUGUGGUAAAGCCUUUGCACAAGUCAAUAGUUUAAAAUGUCAUAACAGAACACAUACUGGAGAGAAACCCUAUGAAUGUAAUGAAUGUGGUAAAGCCUUUGCACAACUCAGUAGUCUCCAAUGUCAUAAAAGAACACAUACUGGA